AUGGCUCAAUUUCCGCCAAGUGGACCCUCGGUCCCACCCAUAGAUGGCUCUUCAGUGCCCAGCGGCCCGAGUAGCAGCUCAACGCUACCAGAGCCUCCCAAGGCCACGUCAAUCUUGCUCAUUGGCAUGGCAGGUAGCGGCAAGUCGACCUUUGCGGGGGCUUUAUCGCGGUCUGCAACUACCUCUGAGGCUGUUGCAAGCAAAAGCAAAAGCAAGGAUGAGGAAACGCAGACUUACAUGGUCAAUCUGGAUCCUGCUGUGCUCAAGACAGGCUACGAACCCAAUGUCGACAUUCGGGACACGGUCGACUACAAGAGGGUGAUGGAAGAAUACAAUCUGGGUCCAAACGGAGGCAUUCUCACUUCCCUCAACCUUUUCACGACAAAGUACGACCAAGUACUAUCCAUCUUGGAAAGAAGGGCGCAAGAGGUGGAAUACAUCGUGCAUGACACGCCUGGACAGAUCGAGAUCUUCACUUGGUCAGCCAGCGGAUCCAUCAUCACCAGCGCUCUGGCCAGCUCUAUGCCCACUUGCGUGGCGUACGUCAUAGACACACCGAGGACAACAGCUCCCGCUACGUUUAUGAGCAACAUGCUCUACGCUUGCUCGAUCAUGUACAAAACUCGUUUACCCUUCAUUCUGGUCUUCAACAAGACAGAUGUCCAGCCCAGCGCUUUCGCAACCGAAUGGAUGUCGGACUUUGAAGCAUUUCAAGCAGCUUUGAACGAAGGAAAUGCAACAGAGCCUUCUUCUGUAGCCACUAACAGACCGGGUUCUGGAAGGAGGAGGACAGGAGAAGAUGCUGGGUAUAUCAACAGCUUGAUGAACAGCAUGGCUUUGGUUUUGGACGAAUUCUACAGCAAUUUGAGGACCGUUUCUGUGUCAUCAGUGACAGGUGAAGGUCUGCCUAAUUUUUUCAAGGCAGUCGAUGAGGCAAGGGCGGAAUACUUGGCAGACUACAGGCCCGAACUAGAGCGACUAGCGAAAGCUAAAGCCGAAGCGAGGGACAAGAAGAAGAAGCAGGAGCUGGAGAGGUUGAUGAAAGACAUGAAGAUGGGAGGUGCAGCGCCUAGCAGGGGAGGAGUCGGUAGUACGGCAGGCGAUCAAGAGGAAGAUGAGGGAUCAUAUGGGGACAGGUACGAAGGUGAUGGGCAGAUCAUCGAUCCUGUGAGUAGUAAGACCCUGAAUUCCGAAGGCACAGACUAG